AUGAUGAUGCGUCGUUAUCAAGAAGCGAUUCGAGCAUUUGCCCUUACACUGAACAACGUGCCACGAGCAAAGACGCAGCUACUACAAUUGCGCCCAGACGUGGCCGAAUAUGUUGGAAAGCAGGCGGAUCAGAUGUCAGCUCUCCUCGGUAUUUGUUUAACCCUCAGUCCAACCCCUCUUGAUCAGGCGAUUGAUCAGAUUCUGAAAGAUAAGUUUGCUGAGACUCUGGCAAAACUCCAACGAAUGGACCUGGAUGAAUUUGUGUCCAGCUUUGAGCUGGGUUGUCCAAAAUUUAUAAGUCCCGAGACUCCCUCCUACGUUCCAUCGUCAGGCAUAACUUCUGAUGCUCAGCACCCACUUUCUUUAGAACCUCAUCGACAGCAGGUGGAGUUGUUCAAGGCUGAAAUUGCCCAGCAACUUAACAUGCCUCGUUUGCGCUCCUACCUCAAGCUCUACACAACUUUGCCCACUGCCAAGCUUUCCAGCUUUUUGGAUAUUGUGCGUCUCCAUACCCCAAUUAAUAAUUUGUGCUGUUUUUGUUUACUUCUCUAUUUACAUCUUUCUCUCGGGUCUUUAUAG